AUGGGUAAAGCCCCACGCGGUCGAAAAGGGGGACGCAGUAAAGGAGGGCGUUAUUUUGCGCCCAAAGCCCGCGGCGAGGGCUUGACCAAAAGACAGUGCACACAGCGGCCCCCACCUCAGCACUAUCCCCCACCGGGUUCCACGGCGAAAAGAAAAGGUCGUGCCCGCAAGCAGGGCGACCGAAAUGGCCACGCAUUCAGCAACGACUACCGAUCGCGCGAUAGGGGCUUUGUUCUGGCGCCCAAAAGCCACCAGAAAGGCGGGAAUUUGUUCGACGUGAUGCCCGUGGGGGUGACGCGGCUAAAGAAGAGCGAAAAGAAGGUGGGGGUGGCCAUCCUAAAAACAUUGACACCCGCCCUACCCUCCGGACCUCCCCCUCCAUGGAGUCAAAUCGACAAGCGCCUCGGCCCCGAGCCCCUCCUCCUCC